AUGUUUACUAGCUACUUGCUGAUACUAUUGACAACAAGUCUUCUAUACUACUAUAGUAGUACGGGAUCAGAUGUUGUAGCCACUGAUUUGCCGUUGGAUAGGUGGGUUGCCACGCAGCAAGCGACAAGCUUCAAGACAAUUAUGACGAAUAUCAACCCUCCAGGCACGUCCAAAGGGUUUUUUGCUGCCUCCCUAUCUACUUACAAGCCUGAUUAUUUCUAUACCUGGACAAGAGAUGCUGCUCUUGUGGCUCGUGUCAUUACAUCUAUUCCAGAGACAAAUUUGACAGUAUUAACAGAUUACGUGGAUUUUCAAAUCAGUACACAGAUGACUCCAACUGUCUGCAAUUGUCUUGGCGAGCCAAAGUUCAACACAGAUGGCUCUGGCUACACUGGCUCAUGGGGAAGACCACAAAAUGAUGGACCUGCCGAAAGAGCUAUUGCAUUUAUUGCUAUUGCUAAUCGUUGGCAAUUGGAAGGCUAUGAUCCAAUAUACAUUACAGAUACGUUGAUUCCUGCUAUUACCAAGGAUUUGGACUAUGUGGCAAGCAUAUGGCAAGAACCAUGCUUCGACUUGUGGGAAGAAAUCGAGGGCGUGCAUUUCUACACACUCAUGGUCAUGCGUCGCGCAUUACUAGAUGCUGUUGAUUUCUUUGAUUCUCAUAGUGGCACAGUAUUCAAGAGUGAUCAUAACUACAGAUCAACAGCAUAUCAAAUUGAGAAGAGAAUAGAAUCAUUUUGGUCAUCCCAUCAAAACUACAUCAUGUCAACACAAGACGUACGUAACGGUGUACAAAAAUCAUCGGGAUUAGAUGUGUCUACCUUGCUUGCUGCCAACCUUCUGUCUAGUAGAAAUGAUGGCUUUUUUACCCCUAGUUCGGACAAAGUACUAGCUACUGCUUAUGCACUGGAAGAGGCUUUUAAAUCCAUCUAUCCAUUGAACCAGCAAUUAGAUGAGCAUCUAGGUACAUCCAUUGGACGCUAUCCAGAAGAUAUAUACGACGGUGUGGGAACUUCAGUUGGUAAUCCAUGGUUUAUUGCUACUGCAGCCUAUACAGAGUUGUAUUACCUUGCUAUCAAGGAGUGGAAGCAAGUGGGUGUGGUCAUAAACGACAUCAAUCGGUUCUUUUUUCAUCGCUUACUUGAAAGCAGUACGACAUCUUCUAGCUCUACGCAUCUUCAAAAUACACAAUAUUAUGCUCCUGGAAGUAUAGAGCUAGAUCAGCUAAUACAUAGAGCUACUAUUGCCGCAGAUAAAUAUCUAGCCACUAUUCAAUACCAUCAAGACAGAAACGGAUCCAUGUCAGAGCAGUUUGACCGUUAUAUUGGCUACAUGGCUGGUGCCAGAGAUUUAACUUGGUCUCACGCUGCAUUUAUCUCUGCUGCAAAAGCAAAAUCGUUUCAACCCAUCUUUUAG